CACGUAGAGGCCUCUUCAGCCCUGCUAGAGGCAAUAGCCUAAUCCAGUCCCUGCUGACACUCUAAUUAGUUUUAAGCUUGAUGGAAGCGAGCUGAAAGUGAAUUAUCCCCAGGGUAUAAAUAAAAAGUACCACCCUUCAAUCCACCAUCAUACUCUCCACAUACUCCACUAUACAUCCUUCAUGACUCCCAUUGUGGUUAUUGCGUGUCCCACCCACCCCGGGCAUACCAACCCCCUCCUCCCCCAUGCCGCCUACUUGACGAAACAAGGCUUCGAGGUGCAUUUUAUCGGCGGCGAGGCCUUUGCCCCGGGGAUUGAGCAGACGGGAGCCAGCUUCCACCCGACCGAAGACUUCCCUCUACCGCUGGAGCUGUUCGAUCUGCCGCCCACCCCGGAACGAUUCAUGAGCGAGCUCAAGCAGGUGUUUGUCGACACCACCCCGGCCCGCAUGGACGCAUUAAAGCGCCUCCUCGAGUCUCUCCGCACCGCCCAUCCCGACCGCGACGUGGUUAUCCUCCAGGAGCUCAUGUACAUGGGCGUGUGGCCGUACCUGCAGGGCGCCCCCUUACCGGCGGGAUACACCACCUUCCCGCCCGUCAUCACCAUCAGCACCGUGCCUAUGGUGAUCUCGAGCAUCGACACCGCCCCCUUCGGGCCCGGGCUGCCCCCCGACGCCAGCCCCGAGGGGCGCGCCCGCCAUGCCGCCAUGUACGCCGCGGGCAAGCCGCUCAUGGACGAUUUCCUGCAGUACACCAACUCCACGUACGCGACGCUGGGCGCCACCGAGCCCGUCACCCGGGCCAUCUUCGACCACUGGAGUCUGGGAACAGGUCGGUUCCUGCAGCCCUGUAGCCCGAGCCUGGAGUACCCGCGCAGCGAUCUCUCGCCUGCCGUGACCUUUAUCGGGGCGCUGCCACGGAAAGACCUCUCGUCAGAGCUGCCGGAGGGGCUCAUCCCGGAGGGCAACACCAGGAAGAUUGUGUUUGUCACCCAGGGCACCAUCUCGCUCGAUUACACGGCCCUGCUGGUCCCCACGAUCGAAGCCCUGGCGGACCGCGAGGAUCUCCUGGUGAUUGGCGUGUUGGGGGUCAAGGGGGCAUCGCUUGAUAUAAAGCUCCCGGCUAACGCCAGGGUCCUUGAUUAUCUCGCCUACGACGCCAUUCUGCCUUGCACGGACGUCUUUGUGUCGAAUGGGGGGUACGGCGGCUUUCUGCACGGGGUGAUGCAUGCUGUGCCGAUGGUACUUGCAGGGGAAGGACAGGAUAAAGCCGAGGUGGCGACGCGAGGCGAAUGGGCAGGGAUUGCAGUCGACUUGAAGACCAACAGGCCGAGCGUCGAGCAGAUCAAGCAGAGCGUCGACGGCGUGUUGAAGGAUAGCCAGAUGAAGACGAGAUGUCUCGCUAUCAAGAAGGAGAAUCAGGAUCUGGACUGUUUCAAGCAGGUUGAGAAAGCCAUCAUGCAGGCAUAGUGACUAUACUGAUAUUCUAUAAUAUCACCUUAUGGUUGUAUAUAUCAGUGUUUCCUUCUAUAUGAUAAAUCUUCACAAGCUGUAUAUCAGCUUAGAAGGAUGACAUUAUAGGCUUCAUAUAUUUAAUCUAUAAGCAUGAAUGUUCAUUAAUAAAUAGUUCUAAUCAUCCAGCGGAAUAUCUACUAU